AUGACGUUCUUUACGCAAAAAGUUUGGGUAGAAUGGAUAGAGCAAGCAUUAGCGAAUGGAGAAUAUAAUUAUCAAGAUUAUAAAAGUCUUUCGGACAUCGAACAAAUCGGAUCAAGUAAAGUUUACAAAGCUCUCAUGAAAAAGGAUGACGCUGAAAUUAUGGUCUCUAUGAAGUUCAUUGGAAAUAAAUUAUCCACAAGAGAAGUUGUAUCUGAGCUCAAAUUAUUAAGGAAGAUUCAUCUUUUUAAUAACGAAAAUAUUUCAAAAUUUUACGGCGUUACCAAAUCAGAAAAUAGUGAUAAAAAAGUUACUGAUCCAUUAAAAUAUAUGGUAAUAUUAGAGUACGGUGAUGGGGGAUCCUUGAGGGAGUACUUGCAAAAUAAUUCGGAAAAUUUACUAUGGGCCGUUAGAUUAAAAUUUGCAAAACAACUUUGUAAUGGCAUCUCAUUUUUACAUGAAAAUAACAUAAUUCAUAGAAACUUGCAUUCUAACAAUAUAAUCAUCAAUCAACACAAUUUAAAAUUAAAAGCAUUAGGGAUUACAUGUAAGAUGUCAGAAUCAUCAAAUGUAUCAGCAAAUUUACAGAAUUUUUUGGCUUACGUUGAUCCACAAUAUUUUAAUAUACCAAGUUAUAAGAGUAGCGGGGAUAAACAAGCAAUCUUGGAAGAACAUUCAGACUUACAAAAAGUGAUCAUGGAAGGACUUCGCGAGAAAGAUAUGGAUGGAAUCGAUAAAGAUUAUAUCGAAAUUUAUAAAAAAUGCUGGCAGUCUGAUCCCAAUGAUCGACCCGAGAUUCAGGAAGUUGUAUCAGCGAUUGAGAAAAUUGAUGGUGGUAUAGAUCCAUCGACGGUGCAGGAUGUUAAAACUACUAAACAAAGGAGAAGAUUUACGAUUACUGUAGAACCUCCCACCCCAGCUCCACCUGCUCCUACCGUCAAAAAACCAGUAAAAUCCUCCCCUAUAAUUAAUAAACCAAUUAAUCCAGCGCCACCGACAGCAUCUCCAAAAAUCGCAAAUAAAAAAUCAAAUUCUACAUUAAUGGUCCCUAAUACGAGAUCGAGGUCAAAAAGUCCAUCGAGAUCGCGUUCUAAAAGUCCAAUGGCAAGGAAUAAAAGUCCUGCACGUCCGGAAAUUAAGGUAAUUAAGGAAGAGGAGGAAGAAGGUGUCACGACGAUCAAAAGCACAGCAAACAAAAUAGAAAGUCCUGUACGUCCGGAAAUUAAGGUAAUUAAGGAAGAAGGUACCACUACGACCGCAAGCACGACAAACAAAGUAGAAAGUCCUGUUACUGUUAAAUCCGAAAAUUCAGCGGUAUCGGCAAUCAUGAUACAAAACGAGAAUUUAACGAGAACCAAAAGUCCCACUUCUAGAUCAAAAUCUCCACUUAACACUUUAAUAAUAUCAGAAAGUCCUAGAUCAUUGAGUCCGGUGAGUUCACUUGACUCAGUGGAGGAACAACCGUUAACUAGACGAUCGAGGCCUAAAAGCAAAAGUCCGUUGAGAAAGAGAUCACUUAGUCCUUUAGAAGAAGGUAAACCUAGACAAUCAAGACCUAAAUCCAAAAGUCCGUUGAGAAUACUGACUAGGGCAAAGAGUCCCGAUUUUGCAACAGCAAGACCAAGGCUUCCCAAAAGGUCGGCCUCCGUUUCAAUACCAAAAGGAACCCCAAGACUCCCUCGAAGAACUCAAACGAUGAUGCCACAACCCUCGCCAAAAAUUGUAUCGCCGCCUCGCUCUAUAAGUCCUCCAAAAAAAGUGGCAUAUAAACCAGUCCAACGUAGAUAUUCCACGAGUUACAUAAAUUCUUCAAUGCAAAUCAAUGCUCAAAGUACUAUGGCAGGAUUAUGUGAUGGAGGUAACGUUUGUGGUAGGAACAUGUUGGCCUUUUGUUUUGAAAUGGGAUUGGGCGUUGGUUCCGAUCAUAGAAAAGCCUUUUCUUUAUAUAAACAAGCGGCUGAUGCUGGGUAUAAGUUGGCGAAGCAGAAUAUAGCCAAAUGUUAUCAAAAAGGGAUAGGGGUGACAGCGGAUUCUGAAGCUGCCGCUUAUUGUUUCAGACAAAUGAAUCCAAUUUCUACGGAAAGCAAUGAGAAAAGGUUACUACAUAGGUCAACUAAAAAUAAAUUAAAAAUAAAAUUAGUUGAAUCGACAAUCAUUUUACAUGGAUCACCUGAAGAAUCAUUAGGUUGUUUUUUGAGAGGUGAAUUGAUUUUAAAUUUAGCUAAACUAACAAAAAUCAAAAGACUUGAAUUGAAAUUUCUUGGAAAAAUCAAAUUAUUCAUUCCACAUACAACCGGAGAAAUAGCAGCGAGUAAUAAUUAUAUAGAAAAGGAAGUAAUUUCUCACAAUUGGACAUUUCUUGAUCAACCACAAGAUUUAAUCAAUAAUGAAGAUGAUGAUUCGUCCGUUCACAAUAAUAAAAGUCUUACAUCAAGAUUAUUUCAUUCACUUUCGAAAUCUUCAACUUCAAAGAAAUCAUUCAAAUAUCAUCAUGUAUUAUCAAAAGGAAUUCAUACUUUUCCUUUUGAAUUAUUUCUUCCUGGUACACUUCCUGAAUCCAUUAACACAAAUAUUGGAAAGAUCAAUUAUAAAGUAACGGCAAAAGUUACCAAAUCCGGAAUCUUUUCAAGAAUACGGAAAUCGCAAUAUGUCACCAUAUUACGCACCAUAUCGGAUGAGUGGAAUCAAGGAAAAGUCGUUUCAAAUGAUUGGAAUGAUCUUUGCAGAUAUGAGAUUUCAUUUCUAAAGAAAGCGUUUCCUAUUGGUGAUUGUGUGAAAAUAGAUUUGAAAUUGAUGCCUAAAGAUAAGGUUAAAUUAGACCUUCAAUAUGUUCAUAUAGAUUUGGUUGAGAGAUCCGUUUAUAAUAUAACAUCUGAUUCACAACAAAGUUUGCAGGAAAGCACAAUCUGCGGAAUCAAAAUCAAUGAUUUUAUAAAAGAAUGGAUUGAAAAAGAUUCUAAUAAUUUAAGUUCUCAUAUAUUUAAUUAUGACAAAAAUGAUUUUCAACAACAAAACGAGGAUGUAGAGGGGAUGGAUGAAUCAUUAGAACUAUGUUAUCACGAAACGAUUUCCUUUAGAAUACCAAAUUUACCUUAUAUCAUUCAUCCUUCUUAUACUUCGGAUCCAAUUACAAUCUCUCAUGAAUUAAGGUUCUUAUUUAAUAUCAAGGUUCAUGGUAAAAAUCAAUCCAAAAUAAAAAAAUUUAAACUUAUCAUCCCGAUUAUAAUUUUAUCUGCUAUAUGUAAGGAUGAUGUUUUACCUUUAUAUGAUGAUAGCGAUAAUGAUUCUUUAAUUUCGAAAAAUUCUUGGGAUGAAAUCUCUUUGGAUGAUAUUUCUUCACCUCCUAGUUAUGAAUCUUCGGUUAGCGAUGGUCGAAAUGGUAGUUUUGUGAACUGUGAGGUUUACAAUGAUGACGAUAAAAAGUGA